AUGUCAGCCGCCAACACAGAGCGCUUGAAAGAUGAGGGCUCGAAAUUACAGGUCGUUGUUGCGGGCGCAACGGCCGGGAUGAUAGCCCGCUUCGUCAUCGCCCCCCUUGAUGUCGUCAAAAUCCGUCUUCAGCUUCAGACGCACUCGCUCUCCGACUCGCUGUCGCAAAGAGCCGAGCUGCUGCGUGGCGGACCGGUUUACAAGGGCACCUUGUCUACCAUGCGGCACAUAGUCCGUCAUGAGGGCAUCACGGGCCUUUGGAAGGGAAACGUCCCUGCCGAGCUGCUCUACAUCACCUACUCGGCUGUGCAGUUUACCUCGUACCGAAGCGCGGCCCAGCUGCUUCACCGCGUAGUCGGCGAAGACCGUCAGCUCCCGGCUGCUGCCGAGUCCUUUGUGGCCGGCGCCGCCGCAGGGAUUGCAUCGACCACGGUUACGUACCCGCUCGAUCUCCUGCGCACCCGGUUUGCUGCCCAGGGAAGUGGCGACGAUCGUGUAUACCCGUCAUUGCGUCGGGCUCUGGCCGAUAUUUGGCGAGACGAAGGAUAUAGGGGUUUCUUCCGUGGGCUAGGGCCAGCGGUUGGUCAGACGUUUCCGUUCAUGGGCAUCUUUUUCGCCGCGUACGAAUCGUUGCGGGCUCCGCUGGCCGAUCUAAAGCUUCCUUUCUGGGGCGGCCAGCUUGCGCUUGCGAGUAUGACCGCCAGCGCCCUGGCCAAGACAGCAGUCUUUCCGCUUGAUCUCGUGCGCAGGCGGAUCCAGGUUCAGGGGCCUACGAGGUCUAAAUAUGUGCACAAGAACAUCCCAGAGUACAAAGGGACGUUUUCGACCAUAAGCACAAUAAUCAGGACUGAAGGCAUCAGAGGGCUCUAUCGCGGGCUGACUGUUAGUCUGAUAAAAUCUGCUCCAGCCAGUGCCGUGACUAUGUGGACAUACGAAAAGGUGCUUAGAGCUCUCAUCACGCUCCAGUCCGAGAAGCAUGAUUAG